CGCAUAUAAAAUUUUUAUUUUACGAUGGACGUUGGGGAAUUGCUGCAGUUCAAGCCUUCGCUGCCACAGAAAAGAAAUCUAGAUAAAGAUGGCGGAUCCCAGAAGUUUACAGCAACUUUAGCAACUUCAGUUGCGCCAGCUGCUAAGCGGAGGGCACCUGAACUUUCAGAAUCAGCAACGAAAGUACGUAACGAAUCAAGGAGAGAUGCACGAGGUGAUCAGGCUGACAGAUUAUCGAGAAAUCGCACGGAGAAAGAAGAGAUAUCUAAACAAGAUGGUGAAAAGGAGAGAAUAUUGAAACUGGUUGAAGAACAAGGGGAGGGUGAAGCUAUGGACGCAAGUGCGGUUAGAAGAAUGAUUCUCAGUUUUGAAAAGAAAAGUCUGAAGAACCAGGAAAUGAGGAUGAAAUAUCCUGAUAAUCCUGAAAGGUUUAUGGAAUCAGAGUUGGAACUUCAUGAUGAAAUACAACAGCUACGUGCUGUGGCAACUGUACCAGAGCACUAUUCUCUGCUUGUUGACUUAGGAACUGUUCAGUCACUUCUGGGUCUGCUGAGCCAUGAGAACACAGACGUUUCCAUUGGGGUUGUGGAUCUUGUUCAAGAGUUGACUGAUGUAGACACUCUGAAUGAAAGUGAAGACGGAGCUGAGGCUCUCAUUGAUGCUUUACUGGAAGGACAGAUUGUUUCCCUAUUGAUACAAAACUUGGAGCGUUUAAAUGAGUCUGUACAGGAAGAUGCAAAUGGUGUUCAUAACAUUUUAGGAAUUGUUGAGAAUUUGAUAGAGUUUCGGCCUGAAGUAGCACAACUAGCAGCAGAACAAGGGCUAAUGCCUUGGUUAUUGAAGAGACUGAAAACAGCUAGAGGAACAUUUGAUGCCAACAAGUUGUAUGCUAGUGAAAUCUUAGCUAUUCUGUUGCAGAACCACAAAGGUAAUAGGGUGACUCUUGGAGAACUGAAUGGUGUUGACACACUGCUCCAAUGUCUUUCUUAUUACACACGCCGCAAUCCUCAAUCAUCAGAUGAACAAGAAAUGCUUGAGAACUUGUUUGAUGCACUUUGUUCUGCAUUAACUUGCAGUCCGAACAGAGAAAGGUUUCUGAAAGCUGAAGGACUGCAAUUGAUGAUUCUCAUGCUAAAAGAGAAGAUGGCAUCUAGAUGUGGAGCCUUGAAAGUUCUUAACUAUGCAAUGACCAAUGCCGAGGGUGCUAGCAAUUGUAAUGUAUUUGUGGAUGUACUUGGUCUAAGAAGUCUCUUCCCAAACUUCAUGAAGUUUCCAAAGAAGGGUAGAAAAGGGUCAACAGAAUCAGAGCAUGAAGAGCAUGUCUGCUCUAUCAUUGCAUCAUUGUUUCGAAACUUGAGUAGUGCAAACAAAACUAGACUUUUAAGGAAGUUUCAAGAAGACAAUUGUGCAAAGGUUGAGCGGCUUAUGGAGUUGCACCGGAAGUAUUCUGAUAGAGUGGGAAACGUCGAUAGAGAAAUAGAACAAGAGAAAGCUGACAUGACUGAUGAUGAGCUAGCUGGGAAACAGGAUGACUUUUACAUGAGAAGACUCGAUGGUGGACUGUUCUGUCUUCAACUAGUAGAUUAUGUUAUUGGUGAGGUGUAUGUUCAUGGUGGUGAUGAGUCUAGACAUAGAAUUCUAACUGUUCUUGCUCAACACAAAGACUCAAUAAAGAGUGUCAAGAAAGUCCUCAGAGAGUAUGCUGACAAUGUCGGAGACCUGGAUGACAAGAUCAACAGGGACUUGGAACGUCAGAGGUUACUGUCUUUACUGUCAGAACUUUAACUACCAACGUCAUCUAAUAAUCAAGUAGCAACACUAACUGAACCAUACCUAUUAUGAGCAAUAGUUGCUAUAAUCUAUGAGCAGUGUCAGGAGCAGUCUCAUUCUUCUGAUCAUAAUUUGAGGUGAUUCCUGCUUCAUAUCUGUUUGGUGACACAGAAAUUGUUUGACUAGAAACCCAGUCUACAAAUCAAUACAAUUCCACUCGAAU